GGGGCAAAGGCGACGGUGAUCACAUUCACAAACAACUGCCCCACCACAAUCUGGCCGGGGCUCCUCACCGGCGCCGGCUCCCCACUCUCCACAACCGGCUUCGAGCUGGCCGCCCAAGCCACCGCCAAGGUCGCCAUCCCUCCGCCCUUCAGCGGCCGGUUCUGGGCCCGAACCGAGUGCUACUGGAACUCCACGGGCCAGUUCAACUGCCCCACCGGCGACUGCGGGACCGGCCAGGUGUCGUGCAACGGCGCCGGCGGCAACCCGCCCGUAUCCCUCGUGGAGUUCACUCUAGCAGCCGACCCCACAACGGGAAACGACUUCUACGACGUCUCCCUCGUCGACGGGUUCAACCUCCCGGUCUCCGUGGCCCCCAGCGGUGGGACGGGGAGGAACUGCACCACGUCCAGCUGUCACGGAAACGUGAACGCCGUCUGCCCAGCUGAGCUGGCGGUCAAGGGCGCUGACGGGUCGGUUAUCGCCUGCAUGAGCGCGUGCGACGCGUUUCAUCUGCCGCAGUACUGCUGCACGGGGAUCUACGCCAGCCCCGCCACGUGCCGGCCGUCGACCUACUCCGAGAUUUUCAAGGGGCAGUGCCCGCAGGCGUACAGUUACGCUUACGAUGACACGACUAGCACGUUUUCUUGCGGCGGCGGAGCUAAUUACGCCAUCGUUUUCUGUCCCUCGAAUUAA